AUGUAUUCCAGGGACAAAAGCGAGUAUAAUGUUUCUACUCUUGAUGUCCUUGUGAACCACACUAACCCUAACGUGCUCGUGGAUUUAAUAUUAAGGUCAUUUGCUACAUCGAUGAGCGGUGAUCCGCUUUUCCGCUUCAAAAACAUCAACAUGAACACUCCACCUAGCAGCUCUGGAGGUGAUGGUGAAGGUAUCCCUUUUGGCAGCUUCAAUCGCCAAACCCAGAAUCAGCAAAGUCAACAAACCCAGGCUCAGAUGGAAGCUCAGAUCUACAACGUUGCUUUAGCAGCACAAGGAGACAAGCAGAAGGGUUACACAUCUUUUGAACCUGGUAAUGGUGGGAGAGAUAAUGCAGAAGAUUCAGAGAGCAAAGAUUCUAGUUCUACAGUUAGCAACCCAAGUCUGGAAACCAAGAGCAGUCAGAGUAGCCAAUGGUUUACCAAUGAAGAAUUCACUAAGUUAAAGUCUCUCCUCCAGGCUGACAGCAUGAGUCCAUCACCACCUCUCUCACCCUCACUCAAGCAUGCUGCUUAUUCUGUUACUCAACAUCUACCACAGUUCCCCAAUUUUUCUGGACCUAGUGACCAAGAAGCUGAUUGGAUUUGCCAGACAAAGUAG